AUGCCAAAUAGGACAUGUGAUAUGGUGGAAAUAGUUACCCUAACCGAGAAUUGUAAUGCGAUCAUAAUGAAUAAGAUGCCACCUAAGUUGAAGGAUCCCGGAAAUUCCACUAUCCCUUGUGCUAUUAAUAAGAUUCAAAUUGAUAAUACCUUAUGUGACUUAGGAGCUAGUGUUAGCCUUAUGACAUAUUCGGUUUAUCAAAGACUAGAGCUAGGGGAACUUUUACCUUCCAAGAUUACAUUGCAAUUAGCCGAUAGGUCGAUCAAGAUUCCAAAGGGUAAGGUAGAAGAUGUUCCCUUGAGGGUGGGGAAAUUUGUCAUUCCGGUAGAUUUUAUAGUGUUGGAUAUGGAUGAAGAUGCUACUAUCCCUAUCAUCUUAGGUAGACCAUUCCUUGAUACAUCGGGGGCUAUGAUUGACGUUAAGAGUGCUAAGAUAUCUCUUAAGAUAGGAGAGGAGGCAGUUGAGUUUGAUUUGAAUGAAGAAAAGAUAGGUGCUCCUAGCAAGAAAGUGAAAUUGUAUGAAGAUUUGCUUGAUGGAAGCAUUGAAGGAAGUUAUGAAAAAAUUUGCAUGGGGAUCUCAAGUCAAGAUGCUUUGCAAGUGGCCUCGACCAAAGAAGGUAAAGGUGUGCCUAUGGUAGAGCUCAAACCUCUAGCAUCACACCUCAGGUAUGAAUUCUUUGGCCCAAGUUCUACUUAUCGCGAAAUUGUUAGUGCAUCCUUGAGUGAGAGCCACACUCAAGUGCUAUGUGAUGUGUUGAGAAAGCACCAAGGUGCUUUGGGCUAUACCAUUGAUGAUCUCAAGGGUAUAAGCCCCGCUUUGUGUACGCAUCAUAUAACUCUUGAGGAAUGA